AUGCAGAUCGCCUAUCAUGCAAAAUAUCCACAGUUGGUCUGUGUUAUUCUGUUAUCAUUUAAUUUUGCUAAUGCAGCGCAAAUUAUCUGCGGUGAAAAUAAUAGUAGCGCUGAAUUCGAGAAUAAUUUCAACAUAAUUCUUAAAAAUCUUGUAAACAAUACAUCAUCAUCCAAUCGUUUCAAUACCUCAUCCUAUGGCAAAACUCCAGAUAAAGUUUAUGGUCUCCUCCAAUGUAGAGAAGACACAACUGCGAAGGAAUGCUUCAGUUGUUCACAAGAUGCAAAUACUACCAUUCGCGAUGUUUGUAAAAAUGCCAGAGGCGGUAGAUAUCUGCUGGGCAACUGUUUCAUACGCUACGAGAACUAUUCCUUCUUUGGUAUACUUGAUACCAAACCAAGGGUUACUCCCAAUAAGCGGAACGUCACCGAGGAGCCUGAUGUGUUUAAGAGGGCAGUUACGGAGCUCUUCAACAAUCUCACAGAAAUUGCUCUUCAAUCCUCUACACGUUAUUCGUCUGGAUUAACAAGGACCACCACAUUGUAUCCGAUAAACGGCGAGCUUCAAUGUUGGAGGGAUUUAACUUCUGUUGAGGACUGCAGAACAUGCAUAGGGCAAGCAAUUCGUAAUCUGUUGGAUGUGACGUUUACGGAUCAUGGAACUUUACAGGGAGGAGCGCCCGAGUGUGGAAGUUGCUUUGCUCGUUACGAUACGUACCCAUUCUUUAACCCCGCCCCUCCACCGCCGCCGUCUCCCAUCAAACUGCUUUCUCCAACAGCGACAAAGUCUUCAAACAAACUAGGUAUAGUUCUGGGUAUUGUUGCCGGCUCAUUGGUGAUGUUACUGUUAUGCCUAUUUGCAAUCCGAAGGAAAUUCAAGUUUGCUUUAUCAUGGAAGCAGGCCGUCUUAAGGAAAGUGAAUCUAGAUAGUGAGGUAGACUCAGCGAUCGGCCAGGAGCAGGAGAUAAUCUUUAAUUUGGAAAAUAUCAAGGCUGCAACUAGCAAUUUCCAUGAAGAUAACAAGCUUGGAGAGGGAGGCUUUGGCUCUGUAUACAAGGGCACUAUGCCAAAUGGAUUACAAAUAGCGGUAAAGAGGCUUUCCGUGCAAUCAUCGCAAGGGAAAAAGCAGUUUCUAAAUGAGAUUAAGUUGGUGGCCAAAAUUCAACAUCGUAAUCUUGUGAAUCUGCUUUGAUGUUGUGCUGAGGGAUUAGAACGCUUGCUUGUUUAUGAAUUCUUGCGGAACAAGAGCCUUGACAAAAUACUAUUUCAUCCAGAGCGGAGCCAAGAACUUGACUGGCCAAAGCGUUUGAACAUCAUACCUGGAGUAGCCCGUGGACUUCUAUGUUUACACCAAGAUUCUCAGUUGCAGAUUAUUCAUCGGGAUAUCAAAGCAAGCAAUAUUUUGCUUGAUGAGAAAAUGCACCCAAAAAUAUCAGAUUUUUGUUUAGCUAGGUUAUUUCAGCUAGAGGAG